AUGGGAGGAGGAGACCGAAUCCCAGAAAUGAAUAUGCAAAAGGUCUUAUCUGAUCCGGGCCAGAAUGUUUACCUUCAUGCGGUGGUUGAUUUAGGCAGUAAUGGCAUUCGUUGUUCGAUCUCAGAUCUCUCACCCCCAAGUACCCGUGUCAUCCCUACUGUACAUUUUCAUCGGGUCAACGUAUCACUCUACGAGGCCCAAGUGGAUCCCGACUCAGGCAAGCGAAUCCCAAUUCCACAGCAUGUCAUCGACCGAAUCGUCAGUGCUAUAGUUCGUUUCCAGCUUGUUUGCGUGGAGAUUGGAGUUCCUGAUCAGAACAUUCGGAUUAUCGCCACUGAAGCAACUCGAACAGCUAUCAAUGCUUCUGCGUUCAUGGACGCCAUCCGCCACAAAACUGGAAUCUCGGUGAAAGCAUUACGAAAGGAGGAGGAGGGAGUCAUUGGAGCAUGGGGAAUUGCCAGCAGCUUUUCAGAUGUGGAGGGACUCGCACUUGAUUUGGGGAUGACUUGGAUCACAUCGCAUGCGGGGAACGUGCAUAUGAGUUCCCAAGGAUCAGUCAGCUUUCCCUACGGUGCAGCUGCAUUGACCCAGAAGCUGGCAGACCUGAAACGGGGAAAAAGUAAGGAGGAGGCGCAUAAAGCACGGGAACAAUUCCGCGGGGAGAUGGCCCACAACUUUCGCGCCGCUUUCAAUACCCUAAGUGUCCCUGAACAUCUCGUUCAGAAGGCUAGAAAGCAAGGAGGCUUUCCCCUUUACCUCUCCGGGGGAGGAUUUCGGGGAUGGGGCUAUCUUCUGUUAUAUCUGCACCAGACAAAGGGCCAAAGUUACCCCAUUUCGAUUAUCAAUGGGUAUUCCGCACCCAAGAAAGACUUCGAGGACACUGAAACUCUUAAAGAGGUAGCUCGAACGGCACACGAAAUUUUUCGGGUCUCCGACCGGCGACGCAGGCAGGUGCCCUCGGUGGCGUUCUUAGUCAAGACACUCGCGGAAUCAUUACCCCAUGGAAUCAAAGACGUCCAUUUCUGCCAAGGUGGAGUACGGGAAGGAGUGCUGUUCCGUGAGAUGCUCCCGAUUGUCCGCCAACAGGACCCACUAGAGGUUGCCACAGCCCGUUAUGCGCCCUCGUCGGCCCAGGCCCUGGCCGCUCUAUUGUUGGCCGCCCUCCCUCGACCAUCUGCCAACCGAUCGUUCCCAUCUUCCAUCAGUCUUCACCUUGUCCAGGCUUUUGCUAAUGCCCUCUAUUACCAUGCCACAAUGUCCAAAGAACUGUCCUCUAGUGCCGCGCUAUAUAGCACUAGCACUGGGAUCCUAGCCUCCACGCAUGGGAUUCCACAUGCCCACCGUGCACUCCUAGCCCUAAUGCUCCAGGAGCGUUACGGCGGAGAAUUACCACCCCGAGACAUGGAUUUUAAGACCCACCUUCAGGGAAUAUUGACACCAGAGGAGGUUUGGUGGACACGUUAUCUUGGAAAACUCGGCCUCGUCCUAAGCUGGCUGUACCCAACCGGGUCUAUCGACACCUCCAAGCCUCGAAUUAUUCCCUCGGCACAAUGGAAGAAUGGAUUAGGGAAGAAGGGCAACAAAGAAGGCCUGGACUUGACAAUUGCCAUUCAGAAAGUUGCAUAUGACCCGUCUCACCUGAAGGAAGAGCUCGAACAUGACGUACAGAAAAUCCAGAAGGUCGGAAAGCGGAAGAAUUGGAUUGGUGGGCGAAAUGGCUGGGGCAUCAAAGUGCGUGUCUCAGUAGUAGAAGAGGAUUUAUUGGUCCGGUGA